AUGGAUCUUUUUGCAGCGAUACUUAUUAGUAUCACAGCAGUAACAAUUUGUGGAAUUUGUCUUUUUAUUUUUGUUUGUGCUUUACAACCAAGAUUUUUACGAAAAUUACAUGGAAAAACAAGUCGAGCCUAUCAAGAUGCUGAAUCAAAUGGAUCAGUCAAUAAAAAUGAAGAUAAUCUUAGUACAAAAAGUCUUGAUGUAGCUAUGCAAUCAACUGAACGAGCAUCAGAUGAUUUGUCAACAUCUCCACCAUCGAAUGAUCGAGAGAAGAAAGCUUAUUUAAAAGCAUUAGAAGAAAGUCUUAGAACAGGACGACCUAUAAAAAAUGAUGAAGAAGAUACUGAUCCAACCAAUAAUCAAAAUACAUCUCGUUUAAAUCCAUUAAAUUUUAUUCGUCAUUUUAUUAAUAAACAUAUACGUCGUCGAACAAGUGAUAUAUAA